GAAGAAGAGUAAACAGGAAGUCCUCGCAUGCUUUUCUCGGGUUUGUUGUUUGUUCGUGUUUAGGCUUUUUAACUAUUUUAUAAAGUCUUUUUUUCCCCAAUUACAUCGAACAUGCCCGUGAUCUGUGCCGCCAUCGGCUGCAACAACAAGUUCGUGAAAGGAUCGGACAUCAGGUUUUACAGGUUUCCUCUGAGUAAACCGCAGCUGUCCACUAAAUGGGUGAGCAAUCUGGGUCUGAAGAACUUUGUCCCGACACCCAACACAUGCCUGUGCUCGGAGCACUUCAGAGCCGACUGCUUCAGAGACUACAAUGGAAAACAGUUCCUGAGAGAGGACGCUGUGCCCACGCUCUACACCCACGGGCACGAGGGCUCCCGGAUUGAACUGCGCAAAAGGGGUGUGCCAUCAAAGGACAAUCCCCCAACCCAGGCACCACAACAAGCAGUGAGGAGCACAGACCCCCGCAGAGAGAAGAGAGGAGGGGGCCGGGGUCGAGGAGGGCGUCGGCAGAUGUCAGACAGACAAUCUCUGAACGCUAAGAGCAAAGUGUACGACGCCAGCGGCCGCCUGCUGUCCAACGGGAAGGACCUGUGCGACUGCCUGGACGUGGACUGCAUGGGCUGCUUCUUCCCCUGCCCUGACUGCGGCUCCAGGAAGUGCGGGGUGGAGUGCCGCUGUGACCGCAAGUGGCUAUACGAGCAGGUGGAGGUGGAGGGCGGGCAGAUCAUACGCAACAAGUACGCCGUGUGAGCGCUGUACACGGACUGCGCUGCCUUUGAAACGAAUCUGUCAGCAGGUUUGCGCCCGAUUCUGCCUGUGGUGGAAGUGUAACGACUCCAAGUGCAGCACAGAGAUCGAACGAUACGGGGUUUUUCAUGUGCCGCUUGUUUUGAAUCGAGAGAAACUGAUGAUCCAUAAGCGCAUAUUUCCGAUAUUUUUGGAUCUUGUUGUACUACAAACUGGAGAAGAGAGGAGUGUAAUCACAUUUUUACGGUGCCCUCUUCGAACUUCUAAUAAAACUUUAUGCGUUUAUUCGUUCUAGCUAUUUAUUCAGCUGGAUGGACCAUAAAGAAUACUGGUUGUACCUGAUCUUUUUUUGGUAUAUUUUGUUUUUUGUUGUUGAGUAGAAUGUAUUUUGUCUCAGUACAGAUAUAUUAUAAAAGCUCUUGAGGUUAAAAUUAAGACCUAUUCGCACGGGAUUAGAUUUACCUGUGGACUUUUGGUGAUUUGUAAUAAUUUUGAAGGAUGCCUGAGAUCUUAAUCCCGUGUGAAUGCACCAUGUGUGUAAUUUGUAAAGUAAAAAUUCCACCGCAAAUGCCCAACCACAUUUUGCCAAACACAGUUGUCUGGUGAUAAUACUAGUCCCGUGCGAAUCUGCAUCUUGGUGUUUGUUGUUGUAAUUGCGUCUUUUCUAUCUCUUCCUUUUCCUUCCGCGUUCUUUUCUAUUUCAAUCUCAGUCAAUGUCAGUAAAAUAGUCAUUUAUGGACUUUGCUUAUCCUGUGCGAAUGCGCUGCAAGUAACACAGGGAUGGGGCGGUAAUUUGCAAAUGACCAGACAUCCCCAGGUUGUACCGUAUUUUCCAAACUAUAGGGCGCUCUGGAUUAUAAAGCGCACUGUCAUUGAAUGAUCUGUUUUUGAACUUUUUUUUACAUAUAAACCGCACCGGACUAUAAGGUGCAUUAAAUGAAACACAACAGUUAGAUAAGUCAGUCAAACUGUAUUUAAUGCGUUCACAAUAACUCUCAACUUUGUUCAAUUGUAAUGCGUAAAUACUGUCUGAGAUGCUAAAUUGUUGUAUUGUAUUCUCAAUAACUCAUAAUUGUUCAAACUGUUGGGUGAUUCCGGUGUCCAGCACCCCCACAUCCCUCUCCUCAUUAUCCGAGUCAGUGUGGUUACUGUUCCCUGGCAGUUCAGUGAUGAUUCUGGUCUUGGUGAAAGCUCGGACCACAGUUGAUACUGAUCCUUUGGCAGAUCGUGGCAGAAGUCGCUCGGCGCUGUCUCUCUGUCUUGGUGAAUGUGUGUUCUUCUCUCAUCCACUGCUCCCACGCAGCUCGCACUUUCACUUAAAAAACGCCUUGAGUUUAAAGUGAGCAUUGUAAGCGUGUCUCUUGACAGGUACAUUUUGAUAUUCAAAGGAAUCACAGUAUGUAUUACUCCGUGAUGCAGGUGAUGCAGCUUUGUAGUUUACUAAAGUCGUACUAAGACACCCCAAUAAAUUCAUAUAUAAGGCGCUCUGGAUUAUAAGGCGCGCAGUCAUUUUUGGAUGAAAUUAAAGGCUUUUAAGUGCGCCCUGUAGUGCGGAAAACUUCUCCUGCAUGAAUAGGCCUUAAGUCAGCUGCUCUGUCUGCAUCUGAGUAGAACGCAUUUUUAGGCAAAAGCAAAAUACAGAAUGUAAGAAGUGUGACGUGGCCAUAUUGCCCAUCCCUAGUUUGCAUGCUAGUUGUUGAUGUCAUUACUGUGACGGCAAAACCCCACUCUGGUCUCUGGGAGUUAAAAAAAAGCGCUCAAGAACUCAUCACAGUGAAUAAUUAGGAUGUUCAAAAUGUAUAAGGUAAGAGAAGAACAACUUUGGAGCUCCGCAAACUGUUAGUACCUAAUAACUCGUUUAGUUUUUCACAUUUUUAAGAUGGUAAAAUUAGGUGCAGUGCCUUUAAAGUGCCCUUACCCAACUUUUGUUAAUUCUAGUUUAGUAAAAAGCUCGAUGUAAGAAAUGAGACCGAAGAAUAUCAGCCAUGCGAUAUAAAAGACAUAAAAUUGCAUCACCAACUGCGUCUCCAACCACCACCGAUCACUCACACUGAGACAAAGCAGAUGGAGUCUUGCCCAAGGACACAACAACAGUAUUACUGAACCGCUGUGGUCACUAAGUCACUGUGUUAUUGCUCCAGUGUUUGCGUCAGUGUGUCAGUUUGUGGAGGAAAGAAAAAAACAAAAUAAACAAACAACCUUUUUUCUAAUAAAGGGGAAGUAAAAUGACUGAGUUAUAACAUUAUUUCUUCAGAACUUGUUAGUAUGUCUGUCUCAUAGUUGCAAUAAAGUGUUAUAUUAUUAUCUUAUAUUA